CUGGCCAGCCUCUCACAUCCUCCUGAUCAGAAAGACGAUUUCUUGUCCCUGUUUCUUGUGCAUUAGUCCAGCAAAUUAGGUGAUAAACCUAACAGUAGCCCAACCAGAAAGGUGUAUGCGAAGUCGUUUACUUGGCUUUGCACUCCACAGAGCCUCUUAGGAAUGAUUAGCUGGUGUUUUUCAAUCCACAUCGCACUGCACUGAUGGAAUUAACUCAGCAGAAAGUCCACGUUUCGCUGUUCUUCUUACUGACCAAUGGGAAGCCGUGUUAUUUCCCAAAGCCCGCCUCUUGAUGCCUGUAAUUGGCCAGCGACACGCUCCAUUACUUUUCAUCCGCUUGUCUUCUCCCCGAGGGAAAAAGGUAACGUCGAAGGGAAAGGGAAGCUUAUUAUUAUCAAGUCGUUGGCAGCGAGGGAAGUUAUCCUGACAGAAAAGGCAUUUUUCUAGUCUUCUAUCUUAUUUUUAUUAAAGACUCCUUCGACGGAGGACGAGGGAGUCCGAGGGGAACACUGCGAGAAGUGAGCAAGGAGCAGCAGGUGUGAGUCAUGUGACAUAUUCCAAAAGGAGCACCAUCAACGAGUCCUGUUAAGAAAAGAAGAAGGAGAGAAGGAAAAUCACAACUGCUCAGCCGACCUUGAGUCCCAAUUAGAGGCCCGGUUAAUGCAAGGUAGGAGGGGACUGCCGUCAACAGGUCAUUAACUGUGCUGACCUUCAAAAACAACAUCAAAUAUGAUGACUCAUCGCCUUCACACGGACAUCCAAGCAGUCAAUUCUCAGAGGAUUUGAAUAGCCAAGAAGUGGGUGGAAAAAUGACCUAAUUAGCAACCUGAUCUCUGCACAACCUGGCGCAAAUGUGUUCGUGGCACUCUCCCCAGUCGCAAGGCAGAUGCAUGCAUCACUGCACUUACAAGUAAAGUUCCCCUCAUUACUCCUGAACAUCAGCCCCCUUACUCCAUGGAUUCCUACAGCUUCCACUUUGAGAGAAUGAGCAACGUGGACCUCCAUCCUCUAAGCCUGCCCAUCAGCCGGCUCUCCCCAGCCAAGUCCAACAGCAGCAUUGUAGAACAAUUUGCCCACCACCAGCACGGCAAAGGAGACUCUGCCUAUAGUUCCUUCUCUGGGGGGUCCACUGCACCAGACUACCUACCAUCACUUCACUUCCCAGAAGACCUGCAGUCCAACCCUUUCAGCCACUAUGCUGACCUUAAAUAUAUAAAAUCUAUUUAUCAUCCCACUCAGGUUCUGCAGUCUAACGCAAAGACCAUGGACCAGUUGUAUCGUUCUAUGGAGGUGAUCUCACAGAACUAUCGCAACAGUACCCAUAACCACAAUGGCAAUGGCAGUUUCCAUACCAAUGACAAACCAAUAUCAAAGGUACAUCUUAGGGCUCCAUCCCAAGGUGACUACUCUCCCACUGGUCCUCCUCCAGUCCCAGCACGACAAGAUAGUUUCACAGCCACUAAAAACCUAGAAAACAAGAGUCAACACAAUACUCACCCUCAACAACCAAGACCCCAUAAUUAUCACCAUGCACACCCCCAUGGAGGGAUUGUUCACCAAAUGGGGACAGCGAAGCCAGGGUCAAACACCUCUGUCAUCAGUCCAGAAACAGUGUACUCAGAUCGGAGCGGAGUGCCAGGAGCGGAGGUCCAGCAGCUGCCAAGCUACCGCCCUCCUGCUCCCUCUUUUGAACAAGACAGGAUGUCCAUGAACCCACACAUUUUCAUCACAGACAAUGAAGCUCCCCCUGAGCAUCUGAAGUCGGUAAACUUUCCGAGACGAUCACCUCCCAAAGGUAUAAGCCAGUCUGAGCACCUGAAGGCCAGACAUCCAUCAAGCGGGGGUGGGUGUAAUGGUAAGGAUCAUGGUAAUCUCUGUGAUGUCAGUAGUGAGUUUAAGAAUCCACGCAAAAGAGCACAUUCCGCUUAUGAUUGGAUUGGUUCAGAGCCAGCCCAUGUUUUUAGUCCUUGGAAUGGAGGUCAUACGGGCUUUAUCGACAGCAGCAUCCAGCAUAAGGGUCAGUUCUACUUUGUCACAGGAGUGUGUAACCACUCUGAAACUAGAAUGAGAACCCACUCUGUAUCUCUGAGUGGGUCUGAAGCUGCGAGUGAAUGCUCCACUGUGUUGGAAAGACCACGGCCAAAAGAGCGGGAAAGAUGUCACAGCACAAUGGAAAAUUUAUUUAUACCCAUUAAAGAUGUCCUGGAUGAGAAAGGCAGGCAGACCAAGGACCUCAUACCAAGACGUCCAGAUCAGGAGAAUCACAAAAGUGCCUCCUUUUCAACACGGUCUUCAAAGAGUUGGGAUUCCUUUGAAGAAAUUGACACAGAGACCCGAGAGAUUGGCCGCCACACCACCACCAAUCCUAUAUUUUACUGUGGGCCUGGGAAAAACUCUGCACAUUCAACUUUACAAACAAAGGAAAUGCCCUCACUGGCCAUCACUGAACAAACCAACCAGCCCGAGCAAAAGGAGCAGGCAAAAGGGGGGAAAAGACAUCCACUGACAGAUGUAGGCAGUGAUAGGAUAAAUAAAGAGACAACCCCACUUCUCUACCAUCUAACUGAAGCUAACAGGACAACAAUGCAGUCACAAAAGGAUGCUGAAUUUGGUAUGAAAGAUAAAGAAGCUACCCCGAGCAAAACAUGUGUCAGAGAUGUGUCGAUAAAGAAUGGAAAACCUAUCCAAGGGGAUGUGACCAAAAAUGAAACAGAGGGAGUCAGCUCUGGUGCUUGCAACACAUUGGAUGACUCUUAUAAAAAAUACUACAAGGAGAAGCUGAAGGAUGCCCAGUCUAAAGUCCUGAAGGAGACGUCAUUUAAAAGAAGGGAUCUUCAACUGGCAUCAACGCACUGCCCCAGGCCAAAACAUGAGCUGAGACCUUCAAUGAUUCACUCUUUCUCCUCGUCACAAGAUUCUGAGACUUCCACAGACACCCUCACCCCAUCUGUGACCUCUGAGGAGACAGAAAGAGGGAGCAUAGUGGAAAAGGUGAGGCAGAGUCCUAAACAGAUGAACACAGAGACUGUAAGAGAACAUAGGAUGUCUGCAAAGUUGGCUCAGCCUCAGGUGGCGACACGAAUUGGAGGUCGAAAGCGAUUAACUCUAGAACAGAAAAAGAUGUACUGCUCUGAACCAGAGAAGCUCAAUCGGCUUGGUCACGGACCCAGCCACUCUGCAUCUCGCUCUUUUAGCAAUGAAAGUGACGGGUUCCUUAUGAUGGACAGUGAGUGGCAGGAUCAUGAGCAUCCAGGAGAUCAAGGACUGGUGGCAGCAAGAAGGAAGUUAUUCGAGACUCGGGGUCGUGCCCUAUCUGCCUCUAGCGCGUCAAAGACAAAUCUGAAGCACCUUCAACAUAAGGCACUUGUGGCUUACAUGGAGCGUAAAACAGGCCAGAAAGUGCCAGAACUCCAGCAACCAAUCCCCCCCAGACAGAGGCACUCUCUGGGAGAGAAACCAUUUGACUGGGGUCCCCGGCCUUUAUCAGCAAGUACUGAGAGCAGUCACCUACAAAAGAAACUUAACAGACCCCAGUCCGCUGGACGCAUCCUUGAUUCCUCCACAAACUCCAUCAGGUAUGCCCAGUUUUUCUCAGCACAACCCUCCACAGGUCAACCCAAAGGGCAAUCAAACCAAUGCAGAUGGAAGGAAAGAACGUGUCCACCCCAUAGCAUGUAUGCUUCUGUGGAGAGUCUCUUGGACCAACCAGAACCACCGACAAUUUUCAGGAACAGAUCCACAUCCACGCCACAUGCAUUUCAGGCACAGGACGAUAGAAAUGGUCAAGAACCAGUUAAUUCUACCGAAGCCUGCAGUCUCCAGAAGAAUAUGGCCUCUGCAAGGAGCUCAACGCCUGAGGCCCAGCAGCAAAUCCGUAAAAUAGCACACAGGGGGAAGUCCGUGGAAGAACUGGAGGCAUUUAAGUUAACAAGGAUGUCAGCUCUGAGUAAGAGUUCUGAGCAGCUGGAUCAAGCGUGCCGAGACGUCAGGAACGUUUCACUCUUCGCUGAGGUCAGGGAAGCUCAAGAUAGGGAAAGAGGAAGGAAGAAGUAUGGCUUGAAUGCAGCGGAGAAAACAGACAUUUCUGAUCUGAUGGGACAGGCACAAAUUGAUACACAGAAAAAGUCCAGCUUGAAGCAUAACUCCGAUCCAGCGCCGUUAGAUGUGGAGGAUGUUGGACUUAACGCUACAACAGGAAGAAGAACCUUAAGUGGAUCCCACUCCCCGACUUCUUGCUUGUCCUCAAGGGGCAAAAGGCAAUCUUCUGGAUCUCGCAGUCCUCCCACAGAUAGGUUUCUGUCCAACAAACCUCCCAUUGAAGCAUCUUCCUCCACACAUUCCCGUGGAGACCAAGAGACCAUUGAGAAGGCGCCCCUGUCAACUUUUUCAUCCCCCACACAGAUAAAACAACCCUGUGAAAACAGACCAAGCUCCAGGGGUAACCAAAGUUCUUAUGAACAGUCAGUGGUUGAAGCAGGCAAAGACUGCUUACCACCUGCCCAUAAAGUGUCAUUGAACUGCGGUGUGACCACAGAUCCGUCCUUGUGGAUCUUCCCGUCAGAGGAGGAACAGCCCAAAGAGGACGUACAGAGGCCGGACUGUGUUUUCGACGAGCCCGCCAUUUUGCACCUUCCUCGUCAGAUGAGCGAAACCUCAGUGUCUGCCUGCGUAUCGGUUUCUGGUCAGCAGGUUGCAAUUGAGAAAAAUUCCAAAACGGAAGAUGAGUACUCCAGAGAGAAUGAGGAGAUUGAGGAGAAGUGUACACCGGAGGGAAAAACGGCGAUUACGGAGAGUCUUGCCCAGAGACCGCAAUGGGAGGAGCUGGUCGAGGCCGUGGUCAAGGCAGACCAAUCGCUAGCCCCCGCUCUCUAUCCGUUAGCCAAUCGAAAGACAGCACUCAUGCUGAUGGAGCAACUGCUGUCUGAAGACACGCUGCUGAUGGAGGAGCACUAUAAGAAGAAACAGGAGCAAAAGGGAGCAGAACAAAGUUGUGAGCCUGAGACAACUCCGUCACCUGAUGGCCUUAAAGCCUCGAACAGCGAAGUCCGUAGCACAGUUGACAUCACUGACAAGAAGAGCAUGCUGGUGUGCUACAUCGAAGAGCGUCUCCGUGCAUUGGAGGAGACGCGGGGUGUCCUCCAAGCGGAGAUCCAGGAGAACGUAGCCCACGGUGAGGCUCUGGAGUCUUUGGUCCGCGAGCGAUGUCUGCCCCUGGAGUUGGAGAGGUAUAACCUGUUCAUCGGAGACCUGGAGAGGGUGGUAAACCUGCUUCUGUGCCUCUCCGCCCGGCUGGCCAGGGUCCAGAAUGCCCUGAGCACGGUGGACAAUGACACGGAUGUCGAGGAGAAGCAAUCGCUGGACAGCCGUCACCGUCUGCUGUGCAAGCAGCGGGAGGAUGCCAAAGACCUGAAGGACAACUUGGACCGACGGGAGAGCCUCGUAUCCACUUUCCUGUCCCGCCAGCUGAGCGCCGAGCAGGUGCGCGACUACCGGCGCUUCGUGCAAACCAAGGCCUCACUGCUCAUCCGUCGCAAGGACCUGGAGGAGAAGACGAGGCUCGGCGAGGAGCAGCUCGACGCCAUCGCCAAAAGCCUCCGUGUCUGAAAGAGGCGGUUUUCUUCGCUAGCACUCAUUGGUCUAAACCGGUUCAGACGAGCCGCUGAAUGCUCCCGCUUCCUGACACUUUUCAACCCGCUGUGCCUUGACUUCAGCUUCUGCAGUUCCCCUCUUUGUCUACAGGGGGAGCCUCCUAGUCUUGUUCACACAGAGAACCUGUAAAAAUGCAGCAUCUGAACUGUUAACAGAAGGUAUUCAUUCAACUAGCAUUUCUCUCACCCGUUAGCCUUCGUCCCACAGACAUGGUCGCAAUCCCCUUCCUCUUUCCAUUGGCUCCGCCCUCCUACUCACUCACCCAAUCAGAAAUCGCAGACACUUUCAUGGGCUCACAGACAAAUUAUUAAACGCUUUGAUUUGUAGAGCAACCAAAGUUAUGUGCAAAUUCAGAUGUUGCUCUAACUGAAGAAGUAAUGUGCUUCAUUUGUAUCACGAAAUUGUCUUUAAAACGAUCCACGUUAUGCAACUACAAGUUUACUGCAGUUUGCGCAAGGUACAGUAGCAACAAAUUGUACUCAAGUAAGAGUCCUGUAACUUUUAGAAUAAGAACACUUACAUUUUGAAAGUAGUCCUCCAAACAAUUACUUAAGAGUAAGUAUUCAGAUUUUUUUUAGAAACUCCUCAAGUUUUGAACAAGUGGUGAGUAACUAUUAAAAUAACUUUAGCGUUAUCGGCUCACCAAGCAGAAAUUAUAUAGAAGUUCAUGUAACCGCCUGACUCUGUUUGAUUGGUCAUUUUGAGUCAAAUGGAGUAACUGUCGCACAUUACUGCAAAGAAUACGCUCCUUCAUGUACAUGGCAAUUUUCCGAACCACUUAAUCCUCACUUCUCCAAUUAUUUUUAAAUAAUUAGAUCCUAUAAUUAAUAGUGAGGAGCUGGGCUAUAUGGAAACCUAUCCGGAACAGUCUGAAGAAUAUUACAAGUUCUGUCUGUGAGCCACUGAAGGUACUUGAAUGUGAUUGGAUGAACAGGUCAGGGGGUGGGGCUUCGAGGAGGACAAGUCAUAUGUCAUUAUCCAAGCCGCUUAUCCUCACAAGGGUCGCGGGAAAGCUGGAGACUAUCCCGGCUAGCUUCGGGCGAAAGGCGCACUACACCCUGAACUCGUCGCCAGUCAGUCACAGGGCAGAUAUCGACACCAUCACUGAGCGGGAAUUGAUCCUGCGCUCUCCGCACCAAAGGCAGGCGUGUGUACCACUACACCAUCAGUAACCCUAAAAAAAAUAUUGACAUAAUCGAUCAAUCAAACUCAACUCGACUAUCAUCACUACUAAAAAAAUCUGAAGUAGUUCAAUCCCCACAGGGUGGGAGAAAUACCCCCCCCCCCCCGGGUUUGGAUUCUGUUACUACCAGGAUUCUGCCGGGUGGUCUUUAUCCACCUUUUUAUAGGGAAAGUUGAAAAAUACUGGCUCUAUCACGCAGCGUAAAACAAGACUAUUGUUAUCCGAGCUUUAAACUGCGUAGGAGAGUCACCUGUAUAACAAGGCACAAAAAAAAACAAACAAAAGGUGAACGUUAAUAAAAAAGCACUUUGUAAACAAUUCAUAAUAUUAAUGCACAUUUCUUCACUUGAAAAUCAAACAGCCUUACUCCAUCCGACUAUGACACAUUUCUCUUCUUUGUCCACUAUUGUGAACAAGAUCACUGUCAUGUUGUUUGAGUUUUGAUUUUAAAGGUACGUUAGCGACUUUGUGCAAAUGCUAUCAUAGCAAAAAAAAUAAAAAAGCAAAACAAAACGAUGGUUUCAAGCUGCAUACAGCACUCUUAAAAAGUGGAACCUUUGAAGUUGAAUGCUGCUGUAAUGUUACGCUAGUCGAUUUCCAUGCUUUUCCACAAAACACAGGUUUUUAUAGCAAGACAUGUAAAAUGAUGGCAUCUUAACAUUUUAAUUAACUGUGGGACAAUAUCUUGAUUAACAUUACCAAUUAUAAACAAGAACGGCUGUACAAUAAAACUCUCACCGAUGUAUCCAAACAGGAAACAGUUUUUGUUGGCCAGCAUUUCAGCCAUUUUGCAUUCAGCUAUGUGCUAUUGACAUUAGGAGUCACUUUGCACAAUCAGUUUGUAUAAAAACUCUAAUUGCGCGAUGUUGUGCCGAGCAGUCAGAUUCUUACUAUGUUGCAAUAAAUUGCACUUCCUGUUUUGCGUUUAGCGUCACAGCACCAUUGGUACCCUUGUAUGAUGUCACACACAAGUAGGGUUUGGACAAUUUUGGUUGAAUUCCAGAUUGUACUUCGGGGGUUCCACUCUAAUGAAUGUUCAACUUCAGCGGUUCCGUUCUAUCGGUUGUUCAAGUUCUGGGGUUCCACUCAAAUGUUCAACUUUGGUUCCACACUUAUGAAUGUUUAACUUCAGGGGUUCCACUCUAAUGUAAAACAUUGGAAGUUGCACUCUCAUGAAUGUUCAACUUUGGGGGGAUGGGUUCUUUUCUAUUGAGUGUUCACCUUCAGGGGUUCCACUCAUGAAUAUUCAGUUUCUGGGAUUUCAUUGUAAUGAAUGAGAUUUUGUCUCACACAAACACACACACAAGUCGCCCCUGUUCAUUGAAUUCUUGAUACUUGAACCGGAGAUAUCGAAAUACCUUUUAGUUACUCACAGAAUUCCAUCAUUACUAUUUUUAAAACCGUCGUUUAACAAUCACGAACGUCUGAGAAGACGUCCGAUUUGUACUUAAGCGAUGUUGUUCAACAUCAGAUUCGUGUGCAGUGUUUGUGCGUGUAGACGUUUUACCUGUGGUAGGUUUUCAACAAUGUUCCUCUUUUUCGUAAACGAAUCCAAACACUGAUCGUCCCUCAGGAAAUGACCUGAAAGGAAAAUGCACUCAUCCAAUGUGCGCCGUGGACUAUUUUGUAUGAUAUAUUUAUGUUUUAAGUUUUUUUUGUUGUUGUUGAGGCCGCAAAGUGAAUUCCGCUUCCCCUCCAUCUUCUUUCCCAGUGGGAAGGUUUGCUAAACAAAUCUGGAGUUUGUUACGGCCCACAAACUGUCAUUUUCAUCACUGUUACUUAGUUGUGACGUGAUCUUUCUUAACGGGACAGAGACAUUUCACGUAUUUUAAUGUCACAAAUGCUUCACCUCCCCCUUCCCCAGUCACUUGUGCCUGUUUGGAGUUGUAAAUUCCGCGUUUUGUCUUACUGUCAAUAAAUUAAGAACCUU